AUGAACAACGUAUACUGCAUACCCGCUUACGUCGUGUGGAUGAUGGCGCUGCGGGUAACGAGACCCUUGUAUGCACCAAUGUAUUGGAGGAUCGAAGGACUUAUGUAUCACUGGCUAUUGGCGAUGGUGUCUCUGUGGUCGUGGACGGCGGGAUAUGAGAGAUUUGAACCUACGACUGCAGCUUCUAAAAUAGGCAGAACCUUAGUUUUUCUAUUAUGC